AUGGCCCCCUCAGAGCUCGCGUGGCAGGCGGAGGACGUGGACGAGUACGGCUGCCGCUCCACGGCGCCGUGGCCCGCGAGCGGCGCCGCGGGCCUGGAGCUGCGCCCCAAGCUGGGGACGGGCUGGGCUCAGCUCUGCGAGCUGCGGCCUGGGGCGGAGUCGAGGCUCGUGGCGGACGUCGUCUUUGACUCGCUCGGCCGCCGCUGGGUCCGCGAGCUGCUGCCGAGCGGCCGAGAGCAGCGCCACGACCUCCCGGGCGCGGUGCGGCUGCGCUGGGAGAAGGCGACCUUCGAAAGCCCCGAGCCGCAGUUGGCGCUGUACACGAAUUCAGCAUUUGUGGGCCGCUUCGAUGUCUGCUUGCUUCCCCCGCCUGGGCCUGGAACAUUGCAGAGCCCGCCGCCCGCCCACGCGCAACUCCAAGCCCGAAUCGACCAGCUCACGGCGGAGCUUGAGACGGAGAAGCUGCAGAAGGCGGAGAUCCAGCAGGAGAAGCAGAAAUUGCAGCAGCAGCUGGACGAGUCCAAGCGCCAAGAGGAAACACAGAAAGUCGAGUCCGCUCAGCAUGAGAACAAGGCAUUGCACCAGAGGAUUGAUUCGCUGAUGGAGCAGCUUGAGACGGAGAAGCAGCAGGCGGAGAUCGUGCAAAACUUGCAGAAACAGCUGGGCGAGCUGGCGCAGCAGAAGGCAGAGGAGAUGAAGACAGUCGAGGAUUUGCAGAAAGAGAAUGAGACUCUGCAGCAGAGGAUGGCUUUGCUGACCCAGAAGGCGCAGAAGUCAGAGAUGACACGGUGCAUCUUGCAGCUGAAGGAGCAGUGCGACGCCUUUUUGGCACCCCAGCUGGAGAUUGUGCUUUAA